UCUUCUUCCUCCUCCACAACAUAAAUCCCCCAUGAAACAUCUUACUCCUUUCCUCAUUUAUAAAUAAAUAUAUUUUUCAAUUUUCCCAGUAAUAAACCAUACAACAACACACACACACAAAAAAAAAAAUUAAAAAAAAUGGAGGUUCUUCAGAAAAAUUCCACCGACUUAGCAGAUUUUUUUUGGUUUCUAUGUCGGCGUUACCUAUAUAAAUCUCCCUUAAACCCCUUUCUUCAUUUUAUCACUCACCCUUUUUAUAAUUUGCCUUUUUUCAUCCAUAAAACUAUAAAUUUUACUAUAAAGUUUCUAUCUUUGAUGCAAGAAAACUAUAAAUUUUCAAUCUUUUGAGCUGAAAAACCCAUAAAUUUUCACUCUUUCGGUCCAAAAAAGCUUAAGAUUUUCAAUUUUUUGUCCAAGAAAACUAUAAAGUUUCAAUCUUUGAGCUAAAAAAACCCAUAAAUUUUCACUCUUUUGGUCCAAAAAAGCUUAAAAUUUUCAAUUUUUGAUCCAAGAAAACUAUAAAGUUUCAAUCUUUUGAGCUAAAAAAACCAUAGUUUUUCACUCUUUUGGUCCCAAAAAGCUUAAUAUUUUCAAUUUUUGAUUCAAGAAAACUAUAAAGUUUCAAUCUUUAAGCUAAAAAUCAUAAAUUUUCACUCUUUUGGUCCAAAAAAGCUUAAUAGUUUCAAUUUUUGAUGCAAGAAAACUAUAAAGUUCCAAUCUUUGAGCCCAAAAAACCAUAAAUUUUCAAUCUUUUGAUUAAAAAAAAAAACUAUAAAUUUUCACUCUUUUGGUCCAAAAAAGCUUUAGAUUUUCCAUCUUUGGUCCAAAAAAGCUUAAGAUAUUCAAUUUUUAAUCCAAGAAAACUAUAAAGUUUCAAUCUUUGAUCAAUUUUAUCGAACACCCUUUUCUAAAUUUUCCAUCUUUGGUUCAAAAAACUACAAAUCUUGAAAAAUAAAAAGGAAAAAAAAAAUCAUAUGAACCCAUUUGAUAAAAGUCAAGAAUCUAAUACAAGUACAAAUACACUGCCUUUUUCAACUGAAAUGGAGUUCGAAUUUGCUGCAUUUCCACUCCCUUCUGCAGACCCUUUAAUCAGUUUUGAAUCUUUUUCCAACCCUUUAAGUCAAUCAACUAAGGAAGAAGUAUUGAGUGUGCCACAGCCUAUGGAAUGUUUACAUGGGACACAAAUUCCACCAUUUUUAUCAAAAACUUUUGAUUUGGUUGAUGACCCUUUAUUGGAUAGUGUUAUUGGUUGGAGUAACAAUGGUGAAAGCUUUGUUGUUUGGGAUCCAGUGGAGUUUUCAAGAUUGGUUCUUCCUAGGAAUUUCAAGCACAGCAAUUUCUCAAGCUUUGUUCGACAGCUUAAUACAUAUGGAUUUCGCAAAAUCGAUGCUGACAAGUGGGAGUUCGCGAAUGAAGGGUUCUUGAGAGGGAAGAAGCAUUUGUUGAAGAACAUACAGAGGCGGAAAUCACAUCAGGCUGGGAGUUCUUUGGGAUCAUCGGCUGAAGCGGGGAAAGCUACAGUAGAUGAGAUAGAGAAACUCAAGAAGGAGAGGAGUUUGAUGAUGCAGGAAGUCGUUGAAUUGCAGCAGCAGCAGCGUGGGACGGUUCAACAAAUGGAAUCUGUUAAUGAAAAGCUUGUGGCCGCAGAACAGAAACAGAAGCAGAUGGUUUCAUUCUUGGCGAAGGUGUUUCAGAAUCCCACAUUUUUUGGCCGUAUUCGGCAGAUGAAGGAGCAAGGAGAAAUUACUUCUUCAAGAACAAUGAGGAAAUUCAUUAAACAUCAGCCACAUGAUUCGAGUAGAGAGGAGUCAUCCAUGGAAGGGCAGAUAGUCAAGUACAGGCCUGAUUUUCAAGACCUUGCUACAUCCUUUGAGAGCCCGCCCUUCAAUCCAGUCGUUGAUCAACAACUUCCAGAAACUGUUGCAUCUGAGGGACUGACGACAGCCCAUGGAUUUCUCAAAAAUCCAGAUCGGGUUGUAGAAGGAGCUUCAGGCUUUAACCCCGAUGGCUCUCAUUUCAAAGGGAAGAAUGUAGUUAGUCCUCAAUUAGAGGUUAUGCCUGAGUACUUCUCUUUUCCAGAGGAGUUGGAGGAGGAGAGGAACGUUUCAGGAUUUUCACCAGGUAUCGAAAGUAUGAUGAAAGAAGAGGAAGUUUGGAGCAUGGGUUUUGAAGCCAGUGCCGGCAUGUCAAGUACCGGCACCGAGUUAUGGGGUGGUCUUGGCAACUAUGUCCCAGACUUUGGUGUUAGCUCUGGUUUGUCUGAUUUGUGGGAUCUAGAUCCCUUGCUGGCUGCUGGAGGUUCUGGUGUCGAUAAGUGGCCAGAUGAUGAGUCUCCUUUUGGUCAGUCUGAGAACCAAGUCAACCAGCCUAAGAGUGAUGAUAGUUUUUAGGGAAGAGUUCCCUUCGGCCUUCGUAUGCCUUUGGGAUACUAGCCAUAGUUUAGUCGAUGGGACAUAAUAUUGAAUGAGUGAUUAUAAUAUUUUUAGUUGAUAUUUACUUUUGACUGAUUCUUUUCUUUUAUUCUCCCUGGUCUGCUAAUUGUGCUAAAAUGUUGCAUAUUUGAUGGCAUAAUCUGUAGUUUCCUGCUAACAUAUACUCUUUUAAGUUGUGAAAUGUGCAGGUUUGCAGUGCUCGAGGUUGUGUAUGGGACUUAUGUUGAGAAUUCGGGACUAGAAUGACAUUGCUCGCUCGAGCCUUUCUCGGUAAGGAGACCUUAUGGUGACUUGUCAUAUGAUUGCUUGAUGAAUUGUUACUUUACCUGAAUUCUUUUACACGAAGCUAUUAACAAGCGUACAUGGUGUAUAAUUUUUGAUUGUUACCUUGAGUUUUAUUUUUAUCUCAAAAGCUUAGCUCACGAGGGCACUAUUCUCCAAGACUACAACCCAUUUCCUCAACCAAUGUACAAAUAGUAUUAGAGUCGGACCUAUUUCAAUUCUUGGUUUAUCCGAUGUUAGACCCCAUGGGAGUUUCUUCCAAGUUUGGGUUAUUCAGAUACAUAAGUUCAAUAGGUAUGAAACCUCGAGGUUAGACUGAACCCCGAAGGAUUUGGAAGUUCAACGGGAGACUAAGAGGAAGUGAGUUGAGUGAUGGAGGAGGAAGAUGAAGUCACGGCUCUUAUACCAAGAUACAUUCGUGUAUUGCCUGUAUCUUUUCCUAUAUUAUCUGUUCGUUUCCUCGUUCAAAUCAUACAUCCAAAAAAUCAGCGCUAAUGUUAUGAUUCACAGCGCGCUUUCCUUUCAGGGACAUGUUGAAGACAACAUCUUUUGCUGAUCAAGUGAGGGGUUGAUGUCGAUCCCAUCUGUGUCGUGUUGAGUAUGUUCACCUCUUUGAAGUGUUUCAUGCUUAAAUAGCUUACAUAACUAGUGUCUACAUUUUUGAACCCUUAAAAUUUUGUGUUAUUCUUUUCUUUCGGUGCAACAAUCGUUAUCAAAUGAUUGAACAACCGGGAGCAAUUCACUUCUUUUGUAUCUUGUACCCUCAGGCCUUAACCAAACCAGCUCUUUUCGUGGAACCUCUGCCUAGGUAAGCAGUGAUGUAUCGGAAACAACUAACAAGUCCUGCUCAUGGGCUUAGCUCAAGUGGCUAAGGUUGAGGGAUGAUCGAGACUCGCAUCAUGUGAACUAAGCCUGAUAUUUAAGUGGAGAAAGGUAGCGGGAUGGGCCCAUUACCCCGAGUUUCGAAGGUUGUGGUUGUGCCCCAGACCCAUUUUUCGGUCGUAAAGGAAGAUCCUGCUCAAUGGUUUGGAUUUUCCUGUCUUAUUUUUGAUUUUGUAUGUGUACGAAGUUUUUCAGGGGCAAUCCGUUUAAUAUUUUGUAUUUUGUAUUUUGUAUUAUGUAAUAACUGAAUAGGCAAUCCCAGCCAACCAUUUGAGAUUUAUCUCUGGCAUAUAUUUUUUGAUAUAUGCCAGGAAAAUAAAUUGAAUGUACUUGCAAGCAUUUUGUUGUAAUUGGUGUGAAAAAGAAAAAAUACUUACUGGGAGAGAGGUGAUUAGACAAGACAUGACAUGAAACACUUGCAAUUUCGAGGGCAUGAUCGUAGAUGGGAGAAUUGAGGGUUAGAGUUGAAGUUUAGUAGUUAGCCGAGCAUUGUCUAGUUUCUGUAUCAGUAUUGUUAUUAUUGCUCUUCUAAUUUUUCUUUACUUUAUUAUUACAUUUUUUUUUCGUUUUGGCUACCGUACUAUUUGCUA